AAGGGAUGGUCAGGUCGUCCAGGUUCCUGCCUCUGGACAUUACAAAUAAACAAUUCAAACAAAAGGUGGUACAUUGAAAAGAUUGGGAUGAUCUCUCUUCAAAUUUUUAAGUUCAGUGUAAGUGUGUGUAACUGCUCUGUCGAGGCCCCGGGCCAGGAGGCAUUCUAGAGGUUGUGAAAUGCAAGCAGAGCUUUCGGCCUUCACCAAGCUUUCUUAACCCGUAAGUACUGUCAAAUCCCUCUUCACUAGCCUUUUUCCCCAGUAGAUUAAAUUAACUUUAGAACCCAUUGAAUACUAUCUCAUAAACAAUGUUUCAUAAGAUCUAUUUAAGUCUUCGCUUUUCAUCAUCAGAUCUGAGUGUUUAUGUAUUAAUCUUCCCUAUUAUGUGACUGAGAGUCUGUCUUUGACAUCAUAGCUGUUUCAUAGCAACGCUGGCCCCGGCGACAGAGCAGGGUUCCUCUGUUCUGUAGAGUGAAGCGGAUAGGCCAGGCCGAGAGGCAGGGACAAUUGGGCAUCCUCUCCUGAAAAUUUCUUUGGUGCCUUUGGGAGGGAAAAGUGCCUAGAAGGUGGACAAGAGCUGCAUUUAAUACUGCCUACCUUGCUGACAAACAUUUGGGUUCUAAAAGGGCUCGAGGUCCUUGUCUUCAUGAACUUGCAUUUCUAUUUGUAAUUCCUUACACACCAGCAGUGUUUCACUCUUUCCAAAGUACUUUUAUGUGCACUGUCAUUUGAUGUUCAGAAUGACCUUCCUGAAACAGGAAGGUUUUCAUUUACAAAGGAGGAAUUAGAAAUAGAAAAUUCAGGAAGGAUAAGUCACUUACCUUCCGGUCCAGAGUUUCUUAAUCCAUUUUGUAGAAGGAUUAGGAGCAUUGAGAGUCAGUAACUUAAUUCAAGUUAAUCUUCUCUCUCUCUUUUUAAGACUUCUUGUUUGAUUUCUUAUUUGGUUAGAUUUAACUGGGAUUUUGAAACCCUUUAAAUUAGAUCCCACAAUUUGAUGGGUGGGGAAAGAGGGAGGAAAAGUCUAUCUUCAGUGCACUUGAGGUAAUUUGGAAAUUCACUUUAGCUUCUAAAAUCUUCCUCUUUGUCUUCCCAAGAGGUGCAUUUACAUUCAGUAAAAGGAUGUGGAAAGAAUGAAGACCGGUAAGGGGUCAUGAACUAGCAGAGAUGGGAAAGCAGCAACACUGUGGCUUUUCCCCUUGCCCUGCGGCCUCACCUGUUCAUGAGGAUUGGACUCUGGUUUAUUAAGUGGCAGUGUUUUAUUGGCAGUGCGUGCACCCUAUCCUUUGAUUGUGAAAGAUAUCUCAUGUCGAAGGAACUGAGUUCCUUCGUUCCUCCGUUCCUCAGUACCGUAGAAGAUUCAACUAGAAUGCCUUGGGGUGCUGGCUGAGGGUGGCGAAAUGUCUGCUGAGACAUGAAGAUUUUGGCUGUUAGUUUUAUCCUGGGAAGUCUGGCAUUGGCCUUCCAUUUGCCCUUGGUGGUGACUUUACCUAAAACACUGGCCAUCCCUAAGAAGCUGCAAGAAGCUGUGGGGAACAUUACUGUAAAUGCCACCACCUGUACUGUCACCUGUGGCCUCGGCUACAAGGAGGAGACCGUCUGUGAGGUGGGCCCGGAUGGAGUGAGGAGGAAGUGUGAGUCUCGGCGCCUGGAGUGUCUGACCAACUGGAUCUGCGGGAUGCUCCACUUCACCAUCCUCAGGGGAAGGGAGUUCGAGCUGAGCUGUCUGAGUUCAGACAUCCUGGAGAUUGGGCAGGAAGCUUUCCGCUUCACCUGGAGACUCGCUCGGGGCAUCAUCUCAACUGACGAUGAAGUCUUCAAGCCCUUCCGCGGCAGUUCCCACUUCGUGAAGUUUGAAUCUGCCCAGGAGUAUGACUCUGGGACCUACCGGUGUGACGUGCAGUUGCUAAAAAACUUGAGACUUGUCAAGAGGCUCUAUUUUGGGUUGAGGGUCCUUCCCCCCAACUUGGUGAACCUGAAUUUUCAUCAGUCCCUUACUGAGGAUCAGAAGUUGGUAAAUGAGGGCCUGGAAGUGAAUCUGGGUAACCAUUCCAGGCCUCACCGCCCACCAUGGAGAAAGAAGGUGGCUAUAGCCUUGGGAAUAGGAAUUGCUAGUGGGGUGAUGGGCAGUGUGUUGGUGAUCACUGUCUUGUUCAGGGGCCUGAGGGUGACCAGUAGCAAUGCCAGCCGGAAGACCUAACAGGCCUUGCUCUUGAGGGCUGGCUGCCCAGGCUGUGGGACUUGGCUGCUUAGGAAUCCAAGCUAGAUUUUUGGGGGAGUGUCCUGGCUGCCUGACUGUGGAUCCGCUGAGAGGGGGGGCUUCCAGGGCCAAAAGAGUGAGCGGGAGAUGUGGAGAGGGGGCUACAUCGUGGUAGCCAUGGGCAAUAAUCUCUCACUUCUUGUGUACAAGAUGGAUCUCUUCCUGAACUUCCCUGCCCACUGGGUGCCCAGGGGACCUGACUGCAGGCACCUCCCCUACUGCCGGGAAGACUUGUGUCUUCCGAGCCUGCGUCCGUGUUCUGUGCUUCACAGCUUGUAAGCCCCCCACCUCCCCCUCCCUCCUGAGCAGCAUGCUCACACAGAUGGGUAUAUUAAUAAUAGCUUUUCUAGUGAAAACAUUUUUUUUCCUCUUCAAUAAA